AUGUCAAAAUUAGACGAUUUUAUUUUUGCGACAGAUUUGCUUGUCAAAUUUCAUGCUUCGUCAAAGGAAGUGCCUGAAACCAGCCAUUCAAUUACGACAUUAGAGGCACGAAUAUCUGAGCUCAAAGAUUUAUGGAAAAAUGUUAAAGAGAAUUAUGCUCAAUGCGCUCGUUAUGUCCCUACUCUUGAGGAAGAACCAUUCGAUAUUGAUGCAAUAGAAUCAAAGUACCGAAACAGCAAUAAAACUUAUGUUAAUUGCUUAGGAUUGUUUCUUGAGUUCCAAAACAAACUCAAACCUGAACCUGUGGUAGUUAAAGAGUUUACAACUGUCACACAGAAAUCCGGGUCUUCUCAUUGUAUUAAAUUACCACCAUGCGAUACCGAUGUGUUUCAUGGUGAUUAUAUCUCUUGGCCUGCAUUUCGCGACAUGUUCGAUGCGGUUUAUAUUCAACACCCUAAGUUAGGUGAAGUGGAAAAACUAUUCCAUCUUCGUUGUAAGACAAGAGACGAGGCAUUUAGGACUGUCAGUCAGUUUCCUUUAACAAAUGCUAGUUUUGCACUUGCCUGGGCAGCUUUGCGUGCCACAUAUGAGAACACUCGUAUUCUUGUUAACAACCAGGUCAAAAACAUUUUUAACUUGCCUACAGUUCAUGAAGAGAGCGCAAAAUCUAUUCGAACCCUCCAAAGUAAAAUUAAUGAUUCUCUAGCCGCACUUAAAGCUCACCAAGUCGAUACCACAAAUUGGGACCCAAUCCUUGUGUUCGCCUGUUGCAAUAGGCUGCCUAAAACCACAUUAUCUCUUUGGGAACAAUCUUUAGAAGAUCCAACAAAAGUACCAACUUGGAACAAAUUAGACAAAUUCCUAAAUUCACGAUUCCAGACCUUAGAAUCUAUUUCAGAUACCACUUCUUCAAAACCCAUAUCGCAAAAUUUCCAAGUCACCAAGAAAAACAAUUUUCAAAAGCCUAGCAAAGUCAAUACUUUUCUUGCGAAGGCGGGAGGAACUAAGUGUAAAAUUUGCUCGGCAGAGCAUACAAUUUAUGAGUGUCCUAAAUUCUCGGCAUUGCCAAUCCAAUCCCGAAUCGAAAUAGUUCGAGAAAAGAAGAUGUGCAAUAAUUGCUUAGGAACCAGUCAUCAAAAGGCUACUUGUUCAAGCAAAUAUUCUUGCAGGUUUUGCAAGAAAAGACACCAUACACUUCUGCAUCUUGCCAACAAUCCCACUCCAGUUAAAAAUCAAAACUUAAAUCUACAGUCCACUUCUCAACCGCAAGCGGUACAAAACUCUCAAAUAUCUGCUUCUUCGCAACCUUUCAUUCCUCAAGCUACAUAUCAAAAUUUCAUGGUGACGUCUAGGAAAAGGAUUCUUUUGGCUACUGCCUUAGUGAGUAUAGUCGGACUGGAAACAGUCCAUAUUGUAAGGGCGCUCAUUGAUCCAGGUUCCGAAGUAUCCUUCAUUUCGGCAGCUGUUCAAAAACGUCUGAAUUUACCAUAUAUCGACAGAAAUACAAAUAUUUCUGGAAUCAGUGGAAAUCUCUCUAUCUCUUCAAAGAAACUUUGUUCUUUUUCAAUCACUUCAGCUAAUUCCCCUCAAGUAACUAUUUCAGCAAAGGCCAUUGUUCUUAAAACACUCACUAACAACCUCCCAAGUUCAUCUUUCUCGGUAGUAGAUCCUACCAUUUUUGAAGGUCUUCCAUUGGCCGAUCCAACGUUUAAUAAGUCCUCUCAGGUGGAUCUUCUGAUUGGUGCUGAUCUGUACCCAUCCAUCAUCCGUAAUGGGAUUAAACACAUUUCUAACUCACUACUCGCCCAAAAUACUAUGUUCGGUUGGAUAUUGUCAGGGCCAAUUCCAGAGUCGUUUCAAUCAUUCAACAUAACAGUAACCAAGUCAUGCAACUGUAAUAAUGAAGUACGCAGAUUCUGGGAAUUAGAAGAACUGCCCUUUACAAUUAUUCGUUCUAAAGAAGACUGUUUCUGUGAAGAACUGUAUAAAACCACCACCUUCAGACGCGCUGAUGGCAGGUUUGUUGUCCGACUUCCUUUUAAGCCGCAAACUUCAAAGACCGGUUUAGGUCACUCCAGGUUUAUUACCCUUAAACAGUUUUCUAGGACUGAAAAAUCUCUAGCCUCAAAAGAAAAUUUGAAAUCCCAAUAUUCAAAAGUCAUUUCUGAGUACCUUUCUCUAAAUCACAUGCGAAAGGUUACUCCAUUGGAGCGUAUUGAAGAAGGUCAAGUAAAGUCAUUUUAUUUACCGCAUCACGCGGUAAUAAAACCAGAAAGUACUUCGACGAAAGUACGUGUCGUUUUCAAUGCGUCCAAUGCCUCGUCAAACGGUGUCAGUUUAAAUGAUUUAUUGUAUCCUGGCCCGAUUUUACAACAAGACUUAUCAUCGUUAAUCAUUCGCUGGCGAUUCUAUAAAUAUGUGUUCAAUGCGGACAUAGAAAAAAUGUACCGGCAAAUUCUGGUCAACCCUCGGGACACUCCCUUUCAACGAAUUCUUUUCCGCACUUCCCCGCACUUGGAAAUUGAAGAUUACGAACUCCUCACAGUGACAUUUGGCGUAAAUUGCGCCCCCUACUUGGCUAUCCGUACCCUACUGGAAUUGUCAAAAAUUGGAAAAACCGAUUUCCCUCUUGCGUCAAAAAUUCUUCAGUCAGAGUUUUAUGUCGAUGACGUUUUGUCCGGCGGUCAUAAUAUUCAUUCUGCUAAAAAAGCUCAAUCUGAACUUAUCAGUCUUCUCGAUUCAGCAGGAUUUCCACUCCGAAAGUGGACUUCUAAUACUCCCUGUUUACUCGAACAUUUACCUCGAGAACAUAUUUUGAAUGAAAAUUUUUUGAAACUAGACACUGACAGUAAUACGAAAACUUUAGGGAUACGUUGGAAUGCCAAGGGGGACAAUUUCUACUUUUCCAUUCAACCAAUAGUUUUACCCGAAACUCCCACUAAACGAGAAGUUUUUUCUCAAAUAUGCCGUAUUUUUGACCCUGCAGGUUGGUUAGCUCCCGUUGUCAUAGUUGCAAAAAUGCUCAUGCAGCGAGUCUGGGCAGAGCAUACUGACUGGGACGAUCUUCUUGAAUCCGACUCCUUUAAAAUUUGGAAAAACUUUGCGGAAUCUUUAAAUGACAUAAAACAAAUUGAAAUACCCCGUUGGGUAAACUAUUCACCCUCGUCAGAAGUCCAAUUUCAUGGUUUCUGUGACUCCUCAGAAAAGGCAUAUGCUGCCACUUUAUACAUAAGCGUUCGUCAGUCUAACGGAACUUUCUCUUCUCACUUGCUCUGUGCAAAAUCAAGGGUUUCACCCAUUAAAUCUGUGUCUUUGCCACGCCUUGAGUUGUGUGGGGCACUUCUACUUUCAAAAAUGGUAAAAAUUUACGUCUCAAGUUUUCCUGUUCACGCAUACCAGACCUUUUUAUGGACCGAUUCGUCAAUCGUAUUAGCUUGGCUUAAGAAACCACCCUGUGUCUGGAAAACUUUUAUUGCAAAUCGUACUAGCGAAAUUUUAGAAAAUGUGGGAAACAUCACUUGGAGACACGUGAAAUCAGCCGAAAAUCCAGCUGAUUUAGCCACUCGUGGUUUAAUGGCCUCAGAUUUGAUGCGUAACACUUUUUGGUGGAAUGGCCCCUCUUGGCUCUGCCAACCUCUCUCCCUUUGGCCAGUAAUCUCUCCUAUCGAACCCCUUGCCGAAGACCUCGAGGAAAAACCAGUUGUUUCCUUGAUAGUUCAAGAACGUUCAGAAGACAUUCUUGAUCGCUUUUCAUCUUUACCUCGCGCUAUGCGUGUCAUUUGUUACAUAUUCCGUUUUUACUUUAAAUUAUCCAAAAGAAACACCAAAAAGUACACUUCAAAAUGCAUUACUCCUCAAGAAAUGCAGUUUGUACAAAAUCGUUUGAUACUGCAAGCUCAAAGAAAUUACUAUUCAACGGAACACUCUCUCUUAAUGGAAGGUAGACCCAUUCUCCAAAAAAGUUCACUUAUUUCGUUUAAUCCAUUCUUAGAUUCAAAUCAUCUCAUUAGGGUCAACGGUCGACUCUCCCAGUCAGAUCUUUCCUAUAACGAAAGACACCCACUAAUUCUCCCUCAUAGUUCCAGAUAUUCGUUUCUCCUCACUCAAUUUAUUCAUGAAAUUUCAUUGCACGGUGGCAAUUCCUUGAUGUUGCGACUUAUCCGACAAGCUUUUUGGAUUCCAAAACUAAAAGACCUCAUAAGAUUCUGUAUACGCAACUGUAAAAUCUGUGUCAUUCAAAAAAAGGUGUUGAGCCAGCAAUUGAUGGCUGCUUUACCACCUGAACGAUGCACUUUUUCCCCGCCCUUUACUUUUACAGGGAUAGAUUUCGCCGGCCCUUUUGUAAUUAAAACUUUCAAUGCAAGAAAUUGUCGCAUGAGCAAAGGCUAUGCUUGUGUCUUCGUUUGUUUUUCGACUAAGGCCAUUCACCUUGAGGCCGUUAGUGAUUUAUCGUCUGAAGCAUUCUUGGCUGCAUUUGCACGAUUUGUAGCAAGACGCGGUUUACCUAAAGAAAUAUAUUCGGAACACGGUACCAAUUUUGCUGGGGCUGAUGUGAUUUUACGCAAAGAGUUCAAAAAAUUUAUUAGUUCAAUUCCACAAGAAACUCAAUCCACUUAUGGUGUGCAAGGCCUUAAAUGGAAUUUUAUUCCUCCAGGUGCUCCACAUAUGGGGGGUCUCUGGGAGGCUGGUGUAAAAAGUUGCAAAAGUCACCUUCGGAAACUGGGGACCAGUUCAAAACUAACAUUUGAAGAAUUCUCAACAGUAUUAGCUCGCAUUGAAGCAUGUUUAAACUCACGUCCGAUUUCGUCAAUGUCCAAUGAUUCCUCGGAUCUAUUGGCUUUAACUCCGGGUCACUUUUUACGCGGUAGUCCACUUUUAGCAUUCCCUGAGUAUAAUCUGGCUGAUGCCAAUUUGUCCCUCAUCAAUCGAUGGGAAAAAGUUAAAUGCCUCCAACAACAAUUCUGUCGUCGAUGGAAAGACGAGUAUCUUAAAGAACUUCAUCAGAGACAUAAGUGGCAAUCGCCUCAAGAAGAUAUCAAGUUAAAUGACCUAGUAGUUGUAAAAAACGAAAAUCUUCCUUCCACUGAAUGGCGCCUUGGGCGUGUUGUAAAUGUACACCCCGGCCCUGACGGAAGAGUGAGAGUGGCGACGCUUCGCACGCAACUCGGCGAAAUUAGCCGGCCAGUUGUAAAACUUUGUCUUUUGCCUAUGAAAUAA